CCAGGCAGAAAUCUUACUAGUGUACAUGUGUAAACUAGUCACGGGUGGGUCACACAUAAAACACCCUACCCUACCCUGCAUCAUCUUCUUUACUUAGCUUAGGCUGCAGAAUUCUCAAAACCACUGAAAUGGAAACCCUAGCUAUACUCCUCAUACUUUCUUCCGUGGCCAGGUUAAGAGGUGCUGAUGGUUCCGAUGGGGGCGAAUGGUCCGAUGCCCAUGCCACAUUCUACGGAGGCGCUGAUGCGUCUGGUACAAUGGGUGGAGCUUGUGGGUAUGGAGAUUUGUAUGGGCAAGGAUAUGGCGAAAGCACUGCUGCACUAAGUACUGCCCUUUUCAAUAAUGGACUCAGCUGUGGUGCAUGUUUUGAGAUUAAGUGUGCAGGCGACACUGAGCAGUGCUUUCCGGGUUCAAUUGUUGUCACCGCAACAAAUUUCUGUCCUCCCGGAGGGUGCUGUGACUCCCCAUUCAAACACUUUGAUCUCUCCCAGCCAAUUUUCCUGCAAAUUGCUCAGUACACAGCUGGAAUAGUCCCUGUUCAAUACAAAAGGGUUACUUGCAUGAAGAUUGGCGGAAUAAAAUUCACAAUAACAGGUCAUUCCUACUACAUCCUAGUACUGAUAACUAACGUGGGAGGAGCAGGGGAUGUUGUGUCUGUUUCUAUCAAGGGAUCCAACACCAGUUGGUUACCAAUGUCUCACAACUGGGGCCAAAACUGGCAAAGUAAUGCCUACCUCAAUGGACAAGCAUUGUCUUUUGUGGUCACAACCAGUGAUGGGCAAUCUGUAGUCUCCAAUGAUGUCACACCUCCAAGCUGGUCUUUUGGUCAGACGUAUACUGGUGGCCAAGUCCCUGCAGGUCGCCGCUCCUCAGCUUCCAAGUCUUUACCCACUAAACAACUCAUUUCUUGUAAUUUAUUGUUGGGAGUACUUCUUCUAGCUCUGGUAGAAGCAAGCACACUCAGCUCUUUCCUAGCCUUUGUCCAUAAGGAACAAUGUUCUAAAUGACUAAAUAUAAUAUACCCAAGCCUGACUUGUGAGCUUGAUGUAUUUCUAGCCUAUCUCAGUUGAUGCAGAAAGGUGAGAGUUUAGCAUUUUUGUUUGCUGAA